CCUCGACAGGUUUUCGAGCUUGCUAUGGAAAACUCCAUGAAAGUGAGUGGUGGUGCAGGGACAAUCAAGAGUUCAAUCGCGGUCACGAUCAAGUUUUCUGCUGCUGAGUUCUCGAGAAUUAUGCUUAUAAAGACGAGGAUUCUUGCGAACUGAGAGAAUCUACUAUUUAUUUUUCUUGCUUCUUGAAUGAAAAUUCGAGGGGAGUGUAUUUUUAUCGUAUGGAGAUUGUACUGUUUGUCGCCAGUGACCCGUCUGGAAAAGGACACAGGAGACUGACACGAACGGAGAAAGAAAGGAGUAUGGAGAUGAGUUUGGAAGGCUUGGGAUGGAAAAUGAAAGCCAAAACAGGGUUCCAUGAAUGGAUUCAUGAAGGUGAAUCUCGGAUUUACUACCCAAUGAAGGGCAAGCAAAAUGCUACGACGCAGGACGUCAGUGGAGCAGACGUGAGCAGGUUGAGAAAAGAGGUUUCUGCAUUCUGGGUUUCGAGAAAUCAGUACUCGAUCUGAAGACCGUGCGGGACCAUGUAUUACGCGUUACACGUGAGGCGUCAGUCCCGCGGGUCACCCACGCCCACAUUCAACGGUCAGACAGCCUUCCCGCGGGACUCGUGAGUCUGAAGGACGAUAGGAGGGCCUUCCGCUCAGCCUGACAGUCCUCAGUCGGCUCUCUCCAGUUCCAGAGGGGAAAGAAAGUCGGACGGACGCACCUCCAUUUCAUCGUUUCCAUUCUUUUUCCGUGACACGUGCAGAGUGACACGCAUUGAGUGACGUAAUUCACCAUGACCUGCCCCUUCAUGAACGGGGAAGUCGGAGUUCCUCCUCCGAUGGCAGAAGAAUCGAUGCCGAUGACUUCACCAGGAAGAUACAAAGGUAGGAAUCGAGAGGGAGAGAAAGGAGGGAUGUAUUAUGGAGAAUACUUGCAACUAGAUAAAGUCCUCGAUGCUCAACGACUCCUUUCUGAAUCGCACGGAAACCUCGUCCACGAUGAACAUCUCUUCAUCAUCACCCAUCAAGCCCAUGAGUUAUGGUUCAAGCAAAUCAUCUACGAAAUCGACUCAGUUCGCUAUGUAUUUAGCACCGAGGUCUGUCCAAUCAUUUCCCUGCAUUAAAUAAUAGAAGCAGACGACAUCCCAUAGUAGUCCUCCUUUUCUUUUGCGCAGAACCUGGACGAUACCAAGAUGUUGGAGAUUAUCAAACGGAUGAAUAGAGUCGUUCAGAUCCUGAAGCUUUUGGGAGAUCACAUAUUGAUCCUGGAGACGAUGACACCGCUGGAUUUCUUCGAAUUCCGGGAUUACCUUGCACCUGGUUCCGGAUUCCAGAGUCUUCAAUUUCGGCUCCUGGAGAACAAACUCGGUUUGAAACAGGAGUUCCGGAUUCGGCACAGUACCUCAGGCUACAAGGAGACUAUUGCGCAAACCCUGGGGGAUGAGGCAGUGAGGGAGUUGGAAAAAUCUGAGACAGAUCCAUCCUUGGCCACUUUGGUCGAGAGAUGGUUGGAAAGAACUCCGGGACUCAAAGAUCAAGGAGGAUUUGAUUUCUGGAAGAAAUUCAAGGCCAUCGUGGAAGCCAGCCUCUAUCGACAGAAGACGGCCGCUGAGGCAGAGGCUGAGGAGAAGACGAAGGAGGAGAUGCUGUUGGAGUGGAGACGGAGUCGGGACCAGUAUGCGAGCAUCUUCGACGAGGACAUUCACAACGCACUUACGAAGAGAGGAGAACGCCGAUUCUCGCUGCAGGCCUUGCAAGGAGCCCUCAUGAUCUCCUUCUAUCGUGAUGUCCCUCGUUUUAAUCAACCCUUUCAGCUUCUGAAUCUCCUCAUGGACAUCGACUCACUCAUCACAAAGUGGAGAUACAAUCACACGAUGCUGGUUCAACGAAUGAUCGGCUCGCAGCAACUUGGGACUGGCGGCUCUACAGGAUAUCAGUACUUGCGAUCCACGUUGGGAGACAGAUACAAGGUGUUCAUCGACCUCUUCAACCUGUCCACUUUCAUCAUCCCGAGAGACAGCAUCCCGCCUCUGACUCCCAGGAUGCGGAAGAAUCUUUCCAUCGGCUGGGGGCCCGAGGAUGAAAAAGAUUAACCCUUCUGGUCAGCAGCAACUAAUUCUCCGUUGUUCAUCUCAUUCUAAAGCAUUUGAGUAUUGACCAAGCCUUCAAGACUAUACCAACGAACUCGGUAAAUUUCGUUACAAAUAUAUGAUAUUUUGAAGCCGAGGAGGAAUUAAAACUGAUAUAUCCCAGUGUUCACAAGUCAGUAACGUCCUUGAAGUGACAUUACAUUCCAUUGACAUCAUGUAUUCAUAACAUUGAAUAUAAUGACUAAGUUUAAGUAAAAUUGAUUUUCUUGGAAACCCUCAGUAACUUUACUCGGCUGUGAAUCGCAUAGGUAAGAUAUAGCAUACCCCUCAUCAUUCCAAAAUCAUCCUUUGACUUUACCGUAUGUACAAAGGGUAAUAGAAAUCACCACUAAGCCAUUCAUAGGGUAUUAAUUAUUCCCUAUUCGCAAAAUACCAAAAGAUCGAAUUUGAUUGAAAGUAAUGAUUGGGGUUUGUCAACUCAUAUUUCGCGAAGUACAGUACAAUCAAUCAAUCAGUCAUCGUUUCACAGGGAAAUACCAGUUUUUGCCAUAAUCAGGGAUAGUUAAUAAUUGAUAAAUGAUUGCUCAUGAAGUUUUGCAUCUAUUCUUUUAUUAGUUAUCCUUAAUCAACCAUGCUAAAUGAGUAUUAAUGUGAAUAUUCAGGAUCACAAUUUUGGAGGCGUUUUCUAUAUUUCAUGAGAUUUCCCAGCAAAAAAAAAAAAUUGCAGUUAAGCAAAAAUAGGUGUUUGUCAUACCACUUCAAAUCAUUAGAGUAGAUAUGACAUGCUUGUCACUGUCAUCAGUCCAAGAGCCUGAGUAAAGAAAGGGUUUGGUGGUGGAUUUGUCAUUGUUUCAUACUUUUUAGAUGUAAUAAACUGUGGAUAUUAAAUAAAUAUUCAGAAAAUCAAUUGACCAUUUACUUUAUAUUUAACUUGAAUAAUCAAGGGAUUAGUCAUUAUCCAGUCUCUUCAUGUCCUUGUGGUUCAUCAUUCUUACUCCUGAUUCUCCUUAAAUUUGACAAGGUUUCACAAGGUAGUGUCCAAUCCAAUUAGCAGAAUCUCUUCAUAACAAGUGUGAAUCUCAUCCCAGGUUUCUUUCUGUAUCCUGCAAGCCACAACUUCAACUUGCUCAUGGGACCUUAUCAUGGUGGCUCAAAGGAUGCCCCACUGCAGGGCUAUAAUCCAUACACUACUUCAGUGUAAACCAGUAAAAUAUUUUUUAAAAAAAUAAGGAGAAUACAAAAAUAGUUAAGGACUUUUGAGACCCCCUGCAUAAUGGUUCUUGGCGAGCUUCUGAUGUUUUGCAUAUUAUAUACUACCAACAAAAUCCCCCACACCUCAUGCAAAAUGAUUUUUAAAAUUUGCAUAACCUUUCAUUCACCUCUGCUGUCCACCACCACCACUUGAUCCAAGGGAUGUCAGAUGGGAAUAUGGUGCAAGGUCAUCAUGAAAUAGGUAGGAAGCAUAUUGAUUCUUGUGCCCAGCGAUUUGCAGCAGAUAUGAAAGUCGAUGGUAAACACUAACUCUACUAGUGAUCUGACAGUCUGGUAGAGGAUACUUGAAUGCAGAUAUUUACACUCAGACUGAGGAUUUCAAUGAACUGUUGCCUAGCACCUCACCUUGAUGAUUUUCAGGGGUCAAGGACUCCAUAAAACAGUGAAGAAAAGUACCUAACAUCAUGAAUUAAUAUGAGGAAAUCCAAGAAAUGACUCUUUUUUUUGUACAUAUAGGGAAAGAAUGCUGUAC